AAUUCCAAAAAAUCCAAGAAAAGACGUGAUAGUGGCACCUCCAGUGAGGAAGAACGUUGGCUCACCGCCAUCGAAUCGGGUAAACUGGAAGAAGUUGAAGAUGUGGAGCUGCGUAAAAUUAAAGAUCCCAAAUUAAUGACGGCUCGUCAACGGGCCAUGUAUGAUCGUAAUAAUGAUGUAGAUUCCGCACCGGGUUUUACCGAAACCCUUAUUGCCCUACCCACCGGCUAUAAGGAAAAAGAAAAACCCCAAACGGCCGAGGAGAUACAAAAAGCUGCCCUCAAGACGCUAAAACGUAAACAGCAGGCAGAUGAAAAACGUGAAAAGGAUAAAAAGAAAACCAUGGAACGUUUACUCAAGAAACAGGAAAGUAAAAAUCGUUCAUCAGCUAAACCAAAAAAUCAAAAGGAAGCCACACCGGUGAUUAGUUAUAAGAACACUGCCGAGGGGGCUUUUAUUCACCUACCCGUGGGUGUGGAGUUUCCUUUCAAACCUCAAGCGCCAAAGGAACCACCACCACGUCAACUCUGUGGUAUACCCGGUUGUGGACAACCCAAGGUCUAUAAUUGUUCCAAAACAAAUUUACCUCUCUGCAGUUUCGCCUGUUAUCGUAAGAAUGUUCAGUCGCUUAAGGAAAUUAUGUGUUAAGU